UUUACGCCGCUCAAAAUAACUUGGGACCUGCAAACUGACAAACGCGAUCGCUCCGGUGGUGACAGGUCGUCCGGCUCCUCACAGCCAUCCUCACAAUAACCAAGGUUAACUUCCUUCGCUCCAUGGACUCCGAACUGCUUCUGUUCCUGAGGACCUGAAGGAUUCCCUCGCUUCCGUAGCUUUAAGCUCGCACUUCUGGAUAAUUGUCGCCGCUACUGACUGCCAGGUUUGGGCAGCAACAUCUGGAGGAACUGAAAAAGCAUGCAAGACGACAGUUUAGAAACCUCAACUUCUAUAUCUCAGCUUCUGAGAGAGAGUUAUUUAGCUGAAACUAAGCAUCAAGGGAAGAGUGAAAGAAGCAGAUCAGAGCCAGUUUCUCAUAAUUUCCACUAUGGCAACACUUCUGGUGAUUCAGAUGAGGUAGCUGCUCAAGAUGACCUUCCUGAUCUCUCUGCCUUUUUAAGCCAAGAAGAGCUUGAUGAAAGUGUAAACCUAGCAAGACAAGCUAUUGAUCAGAAUCCACUGGAAACUAAACAGGAUGAGCUUCAGGCACAGUCACAGCAUCCUCCAGAUCAGCUGAACAACCCGGGAAAACACAAACAAAUGGCCCAGUCUACAGCUUUCAAAACAUCAGACAACGGCCUGCACUCCAACUUUUGUCAGGACCAUAUCAGAAAUACAAAGGGCUCCAAAGGGAGCUCUCAAGAUCUGAAGAAACAUCACCUCCCCUCUGAAUCAGAAUCCAAAAAGGAAUUCCUAAACAAGGCAGCAGAUUUCAUUGAGGAGCUCUCCUCACUUUUCAAAGCUCACAACUCUGAAAGAAUAAGACCCCGAACAUGCAAAAACUACAGGAGCAAGAUUGAUUCCAAGAAUAAAUCUGCUCAAAAAGGUGGCUCUAGUCUGUCUCUCACAUCAGAAAACAGAGAAAGGCUUUCCAUUCCAGCAUCUCAAGACUUGGAAAACAAAGCAGAAAAAACAUUUGAACAAACAGAUGAUCAACAGGCAGCAAACUUGGAAUCUGUUAAUCAAUUAACAAGUGCAGAGCUAAAAACAGAGUCAGAAUCUGCAUCUGUAUAUUCUGAUGAGCCUAUCGGACAACCACCACGCUUUACUCAGAAACUGAAGAGCAGGGAAGUUCCUGAAGGAACCAAAGUGCAAUUGGACUGCAUUGUGGUAGGAAUCCCAGCACCUGAAGUCAGGUGGUACUGUGAAGGGAAGGAGCUUGAAAACUCACCAGACAUUCAAAUUAUCCAGACAGGUGAUCAGCACUCAUUGAUUAUUGUUGAAGCUUUUGAGGAGGACACAGGACGUUACUCGUGCUUUGCCUCAAACAUCUAUGGAACAGACUCCACUUCUGCAGAGAUUUACAUAGAAGGAAUCUCUUCUUCUGACUCUGAAGGUGAAAUCAUCACAAACGAAAUGGAUCACAAACCAAGGACAGCAGACACCCCUGUGAAUGCAGCAUCUCCUGCUGUCAGAACUGCAACCAAGCAUCAAGAAACCUCCAAGGCACCACCAGCUGUGUUCCAGCCCGUGUCUGUACCUGUCCAGACUGUGCCAACAUCAGUUAAUCCGGCCCAAAGCCCCACUAACUAUUUACAAGGACUGGAUGGAAGACCUAUAAUUGCUGCUCCUGUAUUUACAAAGAUGUUACAGGAUAUUUCAGCUUCUGAGGGGCAGCUUGUUGUCUUUGAAUGUCGGGUGAAAGGAGCUCCUUCCCCAAAGGUUGAAUGGUAUAGAGAAGGAACACUGAUAGAAGAUUCUCCAGAUUUUAGGAUAUUACAGAAAAAACCACGAUCUAUGGCUGAACCAGAGGAAAUUUGUACUCUCGUUAUUGCUGAAGUAUUUUCAGAAGAUUCUGGCACUUUCACCUGUACUGCAAACAAUAAAUAUGGCACAGUAUCCAGUACAGCACAUCUCACUGUCAGAGCAUCCGAAGACAGCAGCAAUGCUGCCACCCUUCACACCACGAGCUCCAUCGACUUCGUUGCUACUGAACACCAACCUCCCCCACAUGCUCCUUCCCCCCACGGAACAAACCAAACACCUAAACCUAAACUUGAAGGUGUUCUCGUGAACCACAACGAACCCAGAUCGAGUUCCAAGAUAGGGCUCCGUGUGCACUUCAAGCUGCCCGAAGAGGAGAGAGGAAGUGAAUCAUCAUCGGAGGACGGACCCGGUGCUACAAACCAAAUCAGACCCAACCAUUUCCCAGAGAAGAUAAACGGACAGCCAGUGAAAAUAACUGAGCCAACUUCACCAUCCAAGGAACCUCCCCCGGUACUGGCUAAACCAAAGCUUGAUCAGAGCCAGUUAAAACAGCUCCACAACCAGGUCUUGCUUGAACAGCAGCAGGUGCAUCAGGCAUCUCUAAGAGAGCUGUCAUUCAACACGGUUUCAUUGAAUUCUGCUACUUCACUCUACCAACAGUCCACCUCAACUCUGUACAAGCAAAGCUCAGCCUCUGCUUCACAAGCUUUUGGUUACACCCGCCCUAAGCAGUUCCUGCCAUCCCAAACCUCACCACCGGCCAGCUCCUUGGCCAGCUCCUCCCUUGCAGCAUUCAGCAACGUCCCUCAAGCAACUCAGAGAACAAACAACAUGGAAAAUUUCACAGGAAAUCCCCCACCUGCCCAGUCGAGGUCCUCGGGAGGGUUUACAAGCAAAAGCGAACAGCCUGUCCCAGGCCCCAAAGAACCCGCGGCGCCUCCGUUAACACUCUCCACCCCCAGCGUAAAACACUUCCAGCCACAGACUGUGACUCCUGCUCCCAUCUCCCCGACUGGACGGAUUCAGAACCCGGUGGCUUUCCUCAGUGCUGUUCUUCCCUCGCUUCCUGCUGUGCCAUCAACCAACGCCAUGGGCCUGCCCAGAAGUACUCCAGCCAUCCCAACCCAGGGAUCAACAAAGAAAAAUCUGAAGCCUCUGCCAUUAGCAACAAGUGAUUCCAUUCGGGAAAAUAAAGCUGCUCUUUUAAAGGACCUGGAAAGAAAAUUGCAUUUCAGAGAGGAUGCUAAUCAACACAGCAGUCAGCAGGAAUACAGGAUUUCAAGCUUUGAGCAGAGGCUGAUGAACGAAAUAGAAUUUCGCCUUGAACGAACCCCGGUGGAUGAAUCAGACGAUGAAGUCCAACACGAGGAAAUCCCUACAGGCAAAUACAUAGCACCCAUCUUUGAUAAGAGACUCAAACAUUUCCGGGUAAUGGAAGGAUCCCCUGUCAUAUUCACCUGCAAAAUAGUUGGAAUACCUGUUCCUAAGGUGUACUGGUUCAAGGAUGGCAAGCAGAUCUCAAAGAAAAACACGCAUUUCAAAAUGAACAGAGAAGAAGAUGGAACAUGCUCUUUACAUAUUGAAGCUGCUACCAACGAUGAUGAUGGCAACUAUACUAUUAUGGCUGCAAACCCACAAGGGAGAAUCAGUUGUUCAGGCCACCUGAUGGUUCAAAGUGUCCCUGUGCGGAGCCGAAUAACAACAACUCAGCCUCACAGAACACGACCCCGAGUGCCAGAAGGAGACAAAGAGGCAGUUCAAGAACGCUUUUUCAGGCCGUACUUUCUACAGGCUCCAGGUGACAUGGUAGCACACGAAGGGCGACUUUGUAGGUUGGAUUGUAAGGUGAGUGGGUUACCAACUCCAGACCUGACGUGGCUCCUCAAUGGCAAACCUGUGCUACCAGAUGGCACCCACAAGAUGCUGGUCAGAGAGACUGGAGUUCACUCUCUGCUGAUUGAUCCUCUCUCCCAAAACGAUGCUGGAACUUACACCUGCCUUGCCACUAAUAAAACAGGACAAAAUUCGUUUAGUCUGGAGCUCACUGUUGUAGCAAAGGAAGUAAAAAGAGCCCCCAUGUUCUUGGAGAAGCUUCAGAACUGUGGUGUUCCAGAAGGGUACCCCGUCAGAUUAGAGUGCAGAGUUGUGGGAAUGCCACCCCCCGUAUUUUACUGGAAGAAGGAUAAUGAGACCCUCCCAUCAAACAGAGAGAGGAUGAGCAUGCAUCAAGACACAACAGGGUACGUCUGCCUCCUCAUCCAGCCUGCCAAGAAAGCAGAUGCUGGCUGGUACACCUUGUCUGCAAAAAACGAAGCUGGUAUCAUCUCUUGCACUGCUCGACUUGACAUAUACGCUCAGUGGCACCGCCAAAUUCCACAACCGCUCAAGCUCCGCCCCGGUGGCAGCCGGUACGCAAACCUCACCAGCCAAGGACUCGACAUCUUCCCUGCCUUCCCAGCUCCUGAGAGCCCUCUGCUCUUCUCAUCCCCGCCCCAAAAGCUGGUGGAGAGUGAAGAACUUUGAAAAACAAACACUUGUUCCAGUUACACCCGCAGAGAUAUCAGAACUGUGAAAAAAUAAAUAAUAAAAAAAAAAAAAAAGAAGAGGUACAAGUGAAAUGCUAAUGGUUUACAAGCAACUUGUUUAUAAUUAAGUGUACUGCUGCUGCAAAUGUUGCAACUAAUACAUCAUACAAGACUUUUGCAUAUUAUUUUAAUGCAGGAUAAUUGUGGUAUGGAGUGUUGUGCAAUAAAUUCAGUACUGUGUAGUUUGCUAAGAAUUACAUAGUAAACAUAGUUUUCAGCACCUAAAAGCCAAUACCACUUUUACUUCUUGAAUUGAAGCUACUGCACUGUAGCUGCCACGGUAAGGAUUGAUGCUGAUGAGUUGGAAUACUGCCAGUGAAAACAUUGACAUUACAGUAACAGCAAUCUUAAUGAGGGUAAACAACAAGACUUUGAAUGUAAUUCUAAAAAACAUGCCAAAUAAUCACAAAGCACAAGUUAAAGGGGAAAGAUGUAAGUCAUUUUUAUAUGAUUAUUACCACAGAAUCACAGAAUAUGCUGAUUUGGGAUUAUCUUAGAAUUUUUGAACUUCAGAUUAGAUAAAUAUAGUGUUUCAUGUAGGUACAGCUGUAUAUCCUAAAUAUUUAUAUUUGUUUGUGUGUGUGUGUACUCCAUGGAUUGUGCAUUCACAGUGUAAGGGUUCAUAAAAUAAGGUACAGGGCAUGUGCAUAAGGUGCCAGCUUAGAAAAUGAAAACUCCUUUUGUCUGAAACAUGGGCCCAUUGCUGAAACUAUUUUCCAGAUGUGCUUCCUACUUUUUUCUUUACCCUGUUAGUGAUCAUCUGUCUUUAACACAGAUGAUAGCAAGCUUAUAAGUUUCUGUCUCUGUUUCCUAAUUUUUAAUGUGCCCCUGCCAUCUAACUCAUUUUAUAACUAACUGAAAAGGAAUUAUCAUCUGGUAAACUUUUACCAUCACUUAGGAAAUGAUCACAAGUGCAGUGUCUACUACGAAGACAGAAAAUCCUGCUAAUACACAAAAAUUAAAAAGUUAAGCAACAGUUAUGUGCAAAGAGCUAAAAAAAACCCUACUGUAACUAAUAAUAGUAAUAAAUAAGGCAAAUAAAUGAAAGCUCAACAGAAGGUGUUAAAUGAUAGAGUUGUCAAUAUAUUUAAAUAUAUUUAGCAUUUACACAGUUGUAUUAAUACCUCCCAGCUCUUAGACUCUGAAUGUUUAAGAUGUUUUCCUGCAUCUUUAAAUUGCUGCUAACCCUCUUCUCUGGACAUUGUUUUCAAGCAUUUCUUACUUUCUGUUUGUAACAUGGUUGCAGAAUGCAACGAAGCCCUGAUCAAAGUCACAGAAAUGAAAAAAGAAAUUAACAGAUACUUUCAUUUUAGACUAUAUUUGGGGUUCUUUCAAAUUUAAAGUUGUAACUGAAAAAAACUAGAUAUGCAAAGAAAACAAUGGGAAGUUAUCUUAAGAGUAAAAGAACAUUGGAUAUAUCCAGAGACUGAGAAAGAGAAUGCCUUUCACUGGGUUUCCCACAAAUACAGCUGCUGUUAUCCCUAACUACUGGUUCCCUAAGGGUUUAGAGGAUGUGAAUUUCUUGUACUGUGAGUGAACGCCACACAACAAAACCAUCAUUAUAACUCUCAUGCUUUUGUUAGAAAUCUCGGCAAUUCACCCCAGAACGAUCAGACCAGAAAGCCAAAACACAUUCGUACCCCGAGGCACAGAACAAACUGCAGAUACUUCCCUGGGAAAGCAGAAAUAUCAGUUGUUGCCCAUGUUGUACCUCUUCCCUGGCAAACAAAAUAGAACUAAUAGCUAUUCAAAGUGAUGCAUCGAGUGACUCCAGUUACGAGGUGCCCAGCUUCAGACACAUUGUGGAUCUGAAUUUCUCAGAUAGAGAAUCUACUGCUCCUCUUGUCUUCACUUUUUAAGGAUGGCUUAGGGAUUCCAUUUUUUGCCUGGGAUCUACCCUAUUAGGCAAGUCUAGCUACAACAGUGAUCACUUGAAACAGAGUUCUUUACACAGUACAGAAGAAAGGAACACUAGUACUUAGUACUGGCAAAUAUCUGGUUACCAGUGCUGGAAUCACACUGCUCAGACUGCCAGCACUAGUGGUUCUCACAUUUUACAACACACUCAAAAACUCAGUGCAAAUUCAAAGUGCACAGUGCAAAUAUGCAAACCAUAUUUCUUCCCCCUUUCUCUGCAAUUUCAGUGGAAUGUCUCCAAACUCACAUCAUUACAACUUGAACUGACCGGCUGAGGAUUAAGCGGUACAACGUUUUAUAAAAUGUACAUUCAGUUCUCUGGAAGUGGGAGGACGAGAAGCUACUGUUCAAAGACUUUUUCCAAAGAUCUGUGCAAGGAGGAUUAAUCCUUAGUCAUUCAAGAAGGGGCCCUAGAAAUCUCACCGAGAGUUAGGCUACAGAAAACGGAUCACCAAAAUCUGUCAGCUGAACAUUCUCUCCUGGACAGUGUUUGCAAAAGGAUCAAAACCCAUCACAUUUCCCUCCAUAAUGUAGAAGUCAGUAAUUUGAAUUACUUCCAGUGCAUCUGAUAGAAACAAAAUCAGAAUCUGAUCCCAAAUGGUCUGUAGUCAUUACAUUUUGUUAGUUAACUGUUACAGAACACUUUUCCUCUGCGUACACUGAGCCCAUAAAGCGAGUCUGUACAGGCAGCUUAUGUGAAUGGAUGUCAAAUGCUGUCAGUAGUAUUGAUAUGCUCAUCACAAGGAAGACUCGACAGAAAAAGACACCAAAAUUAUGUUUGUUGUUAAGUGGUGGAAAAGCCAAUGGAAAAAGGCUUGUGUAAGCAGCAGAGACAGCACUGAGUUGUUUAAGUUGUGGGCUUGUGAAGGAUGGCACUGCCUUCCCAUACUAUGUCAAGCUGUGCCAGAGCCUGUGCAACCGUGCUCCUUCCUGACCAACACAGCUGCUCGUCGCUGGUGUUUAUUGAAGAACUGAUCUGACUCCACACUAACACAGCAUUUCAUUCUCUGGCUCAGGGCAGGCUAAUGCAGCAACAAAAAUCAAUGCUAGACCUUCCGCUGAGGUCACUGUUAGCUAUUAACUGCCAAAAGUCCAUGAAACCACCCCAGUGUGGAGCACAGUGCUGGAUCAGUACAACACAGAGAUGGCCAGGUUUGUAACCUCUCAAGUGUUUACUGAUUCAGAAUCUUGAGGUUUAUUUGGUUUCCCCUUUACUCAAAGUCCUGGUUUUGUACAAAAUCAGAGGCACAGUAUCUUGGAAACAAGCAGAAAUGACAGCAUUUGCAUUGCAAUUCUAGAUUCAGAAAGUAUUGUCUUUGCUUUAAAAUUUUGGUCCAGAUGGAUGCCAACCCAGCCUGCAGCAGCACAGAGGGCUGCACUUGGUAUCAUUGGACCUCUUGCCUUAAAACUGCUGCACUGAGUUCCUUGUUUUCAUCUGCAAGGUGGAACAACCCUUCCCAAUGCCUCACGUCUGCCAGUGUGAGGAAAUGAGAGCACACACUUCAAACAGGAGAAGCCAGGUCUGCAGUUCUUCAUCUUAAUACAUAAACAAGUGCCAGUCCCAACUGAUCACAGUAAUCGUAGGUAUUUCCAACAAGUCUGGAAUAAGAAUUCAUUUAAGAACUGUGUUCUUAAUGCUACCAGGUUUAAAAGCAUUACUUUCUGGAAAAUGUCGUCAAACAAAAUGAUUUACAAGACUUAACAAAAUAUUUAUACUGAAAAAAAUACUUGAGAAGUGAUUCAUUGAAAAUUAUCUUAUUAUUUCCAAUAUAAAGAUGUUCACUUUGAGCUUUAAGAUUCUAGUUUAUAUCUUUUCUUAAUUAAAGUUGAUAUUUUUUAUUUUUUGAUCCAAAGUCAUUCUCACUGGGAAGAAAAAAUGUUAAUAUCAGUUUUAAAGUACAUUUUAAGUGCACAUGAAAGGAAAAAAACAAAACACCUGCCCUUCAUCUCACCUGAACUUCAACAAAUGCUUCAAAGUUGCAUACAAGACUGUGUCGUUCACACAUUUGGAUAAUUGUGAAAAUGUGCAACAAUCCAGAAGUUCUCAGAACUUUGCUGUGACAGCUGAUUAAUAGAAUCAGACCUUACAUUAUUUAGAAGAAAAUCAUAAAGUACUGUCAAGUUAUACACUAGCCAUGCUUCUAGCAGGUAGUUGUGAAAUAAAGUUGUUGCCUUUUUAAACAAUUCUUGAUAUCAGUUUCCUUUGGGUUUAAAUUAUGCUUUCUUUUGCUGAUAACCUCAGCCUCUUCACCUAAGGUUGAAAGAACGAGUAUUCUCAGGGAUAGAGAAGAACAGAACCAAAAAAAGGAUGAGUGCCAACACAUUUGCUGGCUGUGAUUUUGCUUUCCCAUAACCACAUUUCCCCAUUCUUACCUGAUUCCUGUGUACUUCUGUGCCUGCCAGGUCAGAGAAAACCUUCUUAAGACCAUUUUAGCUCAGCUGCUUCCUCUAAGCAACACAAGCUGCUUUUAUUAACGCCUUUCUAUUCCAAGUCCACCAUAAAGAACCAUUUAUUGCAUAAUAAAAAGAAAUCCUGGGCCGUAUGUACUGUGAAUUUAAGUGGAGUUCUCCACUUACAGCAGGGGGAAUUCUGCUCAAAAACAAACAUCCUUUAUGAUCACACAGUCUGUUAGCAGCAGGCAUCAUGGGUUUUUUAAAGAAAUUGAAAAAUAUUGAAGACAAUCUGAAAUUUUAGAAAAAAAAAAAAUUACUAUGCACCCCAGGCUGCAGGAAGCCAGUCAAAAAUUAACUUCUUAUUCCUUGGAGUUACAUAUGCAGAUAUUUUAAGCAAAUCCUGUAUAAGAUACAUUUUGCAUGCUAAUUUCAGUACAAAUGAAAACUGGACUACACAUUAGGAAAAAACUUGUAGACAAUACUAAAAUGUACUCUUUGGUAGAAAAUACAUUUGUAUAUUAUACAGGGGGUUGGUUUGGGGUUUUGAAAGCCACUAUUUCUCAGAAUGUAAUUCAAGUUAAAAAUAUAGAGCAUUUUUUAAUAAGUUCACAAGUACUAGGUGAAAUCAAUGUUUGUUAUAAGAUAUCUGUGUAGAGGAAACACUGGACUGCUUCUUCCAUGAAUAAAUAUGUCUUUAUCCUCA